AUGUGCGUGAUGCAUUCGGUUCUGCUGGCAAUACUCCUUCUAUCCGAUUUUCAAUACACAUUUGGAUUGGAUGAUGUAUCACACCAUUCGGCUCACAAAGUCAGGAAUCAUAAAACUACCAGACGACAUCGGGCCACUACAAAUGAUGCCGUGCUUCACUUCGAACCGGAACCGUACAGUAAGAAGUUGGAGUUGAAUACGUCCGGCAAGAUUCAUUGCAAGGUUGCUGGAGGUGUAGCUCCCACGGUGCUAUGGUUUCGGAACGAAACGGAACCUCUGCCUGAGGGGGUGACAUCUUCAAACGGCACGCUGAUGGUAACUGACGCUCAACGAAGACACUCCGGACAGUAUACUUGCAAGGCGACAGAUGGAGAAAAGUCUAUCACCUCCAAUAUAACUCUGGAUGUAGUGGUGACUCCUCGGGUGGUCAAACCGGAGCCUAAUCAACAACUCCACGUGACGGUGGGUCAGAGUGCGGUGCUCAACUGCGUGGCGACAGGCGAGCCGCCUCCAACCACGCACUGGGACCGCAAUCGCGCUAUAUUGACCAAACAACAAGACGGAGUGGCAGUCGAAGGCAGUGUUAACGCAAGUACAGCAAGGAUUAUUAUAAUGCUCAAUGGUACCCUCGUUAUACACAACGUGUCGACCCUUGACGCAGAUCUCUACGGCUGUACUGCUGGCAGCGCUGCUGGACUCGCCAGAAAUGAACUGCAACUUCUUGUACACCAAGAGGGUGAACUCCCUGCUGCUGAGUCUAGUGGGGUGGCGGGCAAAGCUGUUGUGGUAUCUAUAUCAGUGGCUGGUGCUUAUAUGGUACUGGUGUUGGCGCUGAUGGUGUACUGCAGAAGGAGAAGGUUGAGAAGGCGACAAAGAGGCGAAAAGAUGGAACUAGAAAUGACAGAAGGUCGAGAGAAAUUGGUAGAAGAAGGAGAAGAAGAUAAGACAAAACCAAACGGUUCUGCACUCCAGAAUGGAAGACUCCUUGCACAUGAAAAGGACAGCGGUGCUGACAACUCAGAAGUGUCCGGCAUAUCUCGUGCCUCAAAGAAGUCAGGACAGUUCGAACAUUUGACUGUACCGCGGACACUCCUCACGGAACAAAUCACGCUUGGUCGUGGUGAAUUCGGGGAGGUGCUUUUGGCAAAGAUUGACAUGAUACAAGUGACUAAGCUACGUAACAAAGAUGAUGGAGAAACUGAACCAAAGAUCAGACCUGUGCUUGUGAAAGCACUGACCACUAAGGAUGAGGUACAACUGGCUGAGUUCCGCCGACAGUUGGAAAUAUUCAGCCGAGUUCGUCACGAGAACGUCGUUCGACUGAUCGGGCUGUGCAACGAGGCUGAGCCCCAUUAUAUGUUACUUGAACAUACUGACUGGGGUGAUUUGAAGAAGUUCCUGAUAGCGACUCGUUCGGAGGAGGAGAACGCGGAGUACGUGUCGCGCGUGGGCCCCGCGCACGCGCACGCGCCGGCCCCCCGCCCCGCGCCGCCCCUCGCCGCGCUGCACCGCGCCGUGCUGGGCGCGCACCUCGCCGCCGCCGCCAGCCGCCUCGCCGCCGCGAGACUCACGCACCGCGACAUAGCAGCCCGCAAUUGCGUGAUCACAUCCAAGUUGCAGCUGAAGUUAUCGUUCCCUGCGCUGACCAGGGGACCUGACUCUCAUGAAUACUACAAAUUACACGAACAGGUCAUCCCGUUGCGUUGGCUGCCUCCAGAAGCCAUAUUGGAGGGUGAUUAUUCCACCAAAUCUGAUGUUUACAUGUUUGCUGCUACUGUAUGGGAGAUAUAUACAAAAGCGGAGCUUCCUUUCGCUAAGCUGAACGACAACUCAGUGCUGGAGCGAGUGAAGAACGAUUCACUAGAGUGGACGAUACCGAGUUCGAUGCCAGAACAGCUGGGUGUACUGCUUAAACGAUGCUGGAAUAAAUCUCCUGCCGACCGGCCACAGUUCACGGAAAUCUACGAAGAAAUCACAGCUCUGCUGCAAGAUCUCACUUCGGAGAACACCUCCCAAAAAUCGCAAGAUAAAACCGAACAAUGA